GUCGCCCUCCGUGACGUCAUCGGUCGGGGCCGCGGCCUUUUGUACAAGGGGAGGGAAACUUUGGAAUAGGAUGGCGGCGGGGCCGACGCGGCCCCCUCGGCCCCGGAAGGAGCCGCAGCCGCUGGUCAUUCCCCGGAGUGCAGCAGACGAGCAGCGCCUCAAGCUAGAGAGACUAAUGAGGAAUCCGGAUAAGACGGUUCCAAUUCCUGAAAAGCUGAAUGAAUGGGCACCCCGCCCACCUCCAGAAUUUGUCAGAGAUGUUAUGGGUUCCAGUGCUGGGGCUGGAAGUGGGGAAUUUCAUGUCUAUCGACAUCUUCGGCGGCGGGAAUAUCAGAGGCAAGAUUUUAUGGAUGCCAUGGCUGAGAAGCAAAAAUUAGAUGACGAAUAUCAGAAGAAGCUUGAAAAGAACAAGAUGGUUGCAGAAGAACAGACAGCCAAACGUAGAAAAAAGCGCCAGAAAUUGAAAGAAAAGAAAUUGCUGGCAAAGAAAAAUAAACUUGAACAAAAGAAUGAACAUGCAGCUGCAGAUUCUGAUCAUUCCCCCAAACAGCAGACCAGUGAAGAUGAAACUUCCGAGGAAGAAGAGAAAGAUGAUGUGAAGGAACCCAGCUUUGUGAUGAAGAGAUGAUGGUCUUGCUGCUCUACUGUAGUUAAUAGCCAGCCAGCAUCAAGGAACUGAAUUGAACAAAAGGGUUUUUCUGCUCUUUUGGACUUGACUGUGGCACUAAUAUGGCCACAACAGUCCUGUAGAAUAUCUUGCUGGAUCCAAAUCAAAUGAAAGUUGAUUUCAGACUUUCUUGUAUUACUGCUGUGCAGGGUUUCAGGGAAAAGUGUCAGCAUCAUGUAACUCUCUAGUUCCUCUGCUAUUGCUCCAAAGUGAAAUUUCUUUAUCAGCUUACGUCUUUAAGCAGAUCUUCUCCUGAGAGACUUAAAUAUACAAAAUGGAGUUAUGUGACUGAAAAAUGGACUUGACUUUGAAGCAGACAAUAGUCUCUAUUUCCUGAGACUUAAAUAUACAAAAUGGAGUUAUGUGACUGAAAAAUGGACUUGACUUUGAGGCAGAAAAUAGUCUUUAUUUCCUGCAGGGGAAAAAAUAAUUUCUUGAGGAGUCUCUACUAAAUUAGCCUUUAUUCCUUGCAUUUCUGCUGCAAGAUAAGAUUUUCCAACCACUAAGAAGAUCUAGUGUUUCACUUCAGAAGUGUGUUGUUCAUUUUUAUUAUAAACAUUUCUGAAUAAAAAAGAGGAUAUCCAAGUGUUUUUGUUUUCCUGCCUCUGAAGGAUAAACACUGUGCAUUUUAUAUGGACUUUUCGUCCAUGAAUUUGCCUGCCAAAAACAUGUAGCCAUUUAAGAUAAAUAGAUCUUCCACAUUCACUGCACUAUACAUUAGAGCACCUAUUGUUAGGAAAUACUAAUUCAUGAGUAUCCUAGGGUUAUCUGACUAAUCAGUGUGGGAAACAAAAUACUCAAUAAAAUAUUUCAUUCUCA